AUGGCCACUCAUGGAUCAUAUAGUACUCUUUGCGCCCUGGCCAUUUGUCUAAUGGCUGCUGCUGUGGCAGCAGCAGAUUAUGGUGAUAACCAUUAUCACCAUAAGUCUCCGCAUCACCAUAAGUCUCCGCAUCACCAUUAUAAGUCACCUUCAUCAUCGUGGUUGCCUCCAUAUCUUUAUAAAUCUCCACCACCACCAUCGUCUUAUAUCUAUUCAUCUCCUCCACCAAGUCCUUAUGUUUACAAGUCGCCCCCGCCUCCUCCUUAUGUCUACUCGUCUCCACCACCUCCGCCUUACAUUUAUAAGUCUCCUCUUCCACCUCCUUAUGUUUACACAUCUCCACCACCACCACCCUAUGUUUACAAAUCUCCACCACCACCUCCCUAUGUUUACUCUUCUCCUCCACCACCACCUUACAUUUACAAGUCUCCUCCACCCCCUCCUUAUGUUUACUCAUCCCCUCCUCCACCACCUUACGUUUACAAGUCACCUCCUCCACCACCAUACGUUUACAAGUCACCUCCUCCACCAGCAUAUGUGUACUCUUCCCCUCCUCCACCACCUUACGUUUACAAGUCACCUCCUCCACCACCAUAUGUGUACUCUUCCCCUCCUCCACCAUCUUACAUUUACAAGUCACCUCCUCCACCUUCAUAUGUUUAUAAGUCACCUCCUCCACCUGCAUAUGUCUACUCUUCCCCUCCUCCACCAUCUUACAUUUACAAGUCACCUCCUCCACCUUCAUACGUUUAUAAAUCACCUCCUCCACCUGCAUACAUCUACUCUUCUCCUCCUCCACCAUCUUACGUUUACAAAUCUCCUCCUCCACCUGCAUACGUUUACAAGUCACCUCCUCCACCUGCAUAUGUGUAUUCUUCCCCUCCUCCACCAUCAUACGUUUACAAGUCACCUCCUCCACCAUCUUAUGUUUAUAAGUCACCUCCUCCACCUGCAUAUAUGUACUCUUCCCCUCCUCCACCUGCAUACGUUUACAAGUCUCCUCCUCCACCUGCAUAUGUGUAUUCUUCCCCUCCUCCACCAUCAUACAUUUACAAGUCACCUCCUCCACCUGCAUAUGUGUACUCAUAUCCUCCUCCACCAUCUUAUGUUUAUAAGUCACCUCCUCCACCUGCAUACAUUUACAAGUCACCUCCUCCACCUGCAUACGUUUACAAGUCACCUCCUCCACCGUCUUACGUUUACAAGUCACCUCCUCCACCUACAUACAUUUACAAGUCACCUCCUCCACCUGCAUAUGUGUACUCUUCCCCUCCUCCACCAUCUUAUGUUUAUAAGUCUCCUCCUCCACCUCCAUACGUUUACAAGUCACCUCCUCCACCUGCAUAUGUGUACUCCUCCCCUCCUCCACCAUCUUACGUUUACAAGUCACCUCCUCCACCUGCAUACGUUUACAAGUCACCUCCUCCACCUGCAUAUGCGUACUCUUCCCCUCCU